AUGACUUCGGAAAACCCUUACGCCGUCGCUUCGGCGGACCCUGAUGCGCCUCUCGAGAAGGACUUCACCCACAGUCAGAAUAACCUCCAAAGCGAGCGUCUCGAGCCGCAUGUGGGAUCCGACGAGGCAUUGAGGCGCAUCAGGACAGCAGGCAGCAUCUCCAUUUCUCCCGAGCUCUUCGAGAAGAUGUACCUCUCGCCUCAGAACCAAGUCAAAGGCGAUCUCCGCAAGAUGGUCGGCAACCCGACUCCACUAGCCUUGGUGGGAUUCCUCUUGUCGCUUUCACCGCUCAGCUGCAUCCUCAUGGGCUGGAGGGGAUCGGGUGGUAGCGGCGCUUCCGGAACGGCGACAUACUUCUUCUUUGGCGGAAUCCUCAUGCUCCUUGGUGCUGUGGGUGAAUGGAUCCUCGGAAACACCUACCCCUUUGUCGUCUUCGGCACCUUCGGGGCCUUCUGGUUGUCCUUUGGUGGAACUCUGCAGCCAGAUUUCAAUGCUUACGGCGCCUACUCGCCUGAUCCGAGCAACCCUGCUGCUGGACUGACAACCGUCGGGUUCAACUCGAGCUUCGCUUUCUUCCUGCUGUUUAUGGGCCUCCUGAGCUUCCUUUUCCUCAUUCUGGCUCUCCGCACCAACAUUGUCUUCGUCGUGAUCUUCGCCACUCUUUCUCCCGCCUUCUGUCUCCUUGCAGGGGCUUAUUGGCAAACGUCGAACGGAAACACGGAUCUGGCGAGCAAUUUGAUGGUCGCGGCUGGCGCUUGCACAUUCGUGACAUGUGCCGGCGGGUGGUGGAUAUUCUUCGCUAUCAUGCUCGCGGCGUUGGACUUCCCGUUCCAGCUUCCAGUUGGCGAUUUGUCGACCUUGAUCAAGGGUGCGAGCCAGAGGCAGAAGGAGCUAGAGAGUCAGGUGUAA